AUGUACUUCAGCAAGCUCGCCGUCAUCCUCUCCGUGGCCACCUCGGCCCUCGCUGCCACUACUGGCACCGAAGCCGCUCAGAAGCAGAAGCGUGCUCUGACCUUCCAGACGUACAACGACUUCCAAAUCUCCAGCGGUACCGCCGGAAACGCCCUUGCCGAGGCCCAGGCCGCCUUCCCAGUCUCCUCCGACCUCGCCAGUGUCUCUGACUCUGACCUGGCCAUCAUCAAGGCGGCCCGCGAGACGGCCGAGGCCGCCGAGACGGACGCCUUCAACGACGCCGUGGACGCGGCCAGCGGCGACGCCGCCACGGCCCUGCAGAACGGCAAGAUCAAGAACAAGGUCCUCAAGCUCUACCUCGAGACCACGGCCCUGCAGAUUGAGCAGGCCCAGGGCGACGACAACCAGGACAAGAUUGACGCUGAGCAAAAGAAGCUCGACACCAAUGUCGCCCUCGACGAGAAGGCUGCCGGCGAGGACAGUACUGCCGUCAGCUUCACUGACGAUGUUCAGCCUGACAACUAA